AUGGACUCGGAAUAUGCGCGACCGCCUCCAAACCCGGACGUCUACCAGACAGCAGAAGUAGACCCCAAAGCGGCGUGGGAUGAAGCAUCCGUCAAGAACAAGACUUUUCUGAUCACCGGCGGGGCCAGCGGUAUUGGCGCUGGUGUAGUGAGGCGGUUGGCCGAACUUGGAGGAGCUGUUAUUAUCGGUGACUUGCAAGAGGCACAGUCAUUUGUUGAAGAAGUUCGGAAGAGCACUGGGAAUCCAAACAUCCAUUCGAUCCAAUGCGAUGUCACGGACUAUAAAUCCCAAUGCAAUUUAUUCCGCAAAGCCCUCGAGCUUUCUCCAAAUAAAGCCAUAGACUCAGUCUUCGCCAACGCCGGCGUCGGUGAAAUUGGCAAAUCAUGGGCCCCAAGACCCUUCGGUCAGCUCCUCCCAUACCCUUACUUCCAUGCCGUCCCCAGGACUAAAAUGUCUCGCACAGUCCCCGGCCAACCCGAAGACCCCCCAGACCCCACCAUGACCACCAUGAAUGUCAACAUCACAGGUGUAAUCUACACCGCCUACCUUGCCCUGCAAUACUUCCGUGCCCAUCCCAAUCUUGCCAAAGACGCAUUCCCCAGUGCUUCCCAUGACCGUUCGUUGGUACUAAUCGGAUCCAUUGCUUCUUUGUACCCCUUGACAUCUGCCCCGUUUUACAAUGCUUCCAAACACGCGGUUUUGGGACUCUUCAGGUCGCUUCGUCAAACCGCCUUGCCGGAUAGGAUUAGAGUGAACCUCCUUUGUCCGUACUGGAUCGAAACACCCAUUAUUCCAUUCGGUGCGAAGUUACUCCUUUCCGGAACAGACUACGCCAAAAUGGAGGAUGUAGUCGAUAUUGCGACUCGAUGUAUGGGUGACUAUAGUGCUGCCGGACACAUCUUCUUGGUAUUCCCUCCGAAUGUGGGUGGUGUUCAAGAGAUCUUUAAUGAUGAACCGAAGGAUUUGGAUUGCUUCAAUCGGAAUGCGGUGAGAGCUUUGAACCGUGUGUCUGCGAUGCAGGGAUGGGUUGAAUGGGGUCGGAAUGUCCUCUAUGCUGCUCUUGGGUGGUAUAGAUCUUGA